UAAUAAAUACGCAAGGCAGGAGAGUGCGCGAACCGCACACACACUAAUAUACACACGUGCUUCCGUCUUCGUUCCUCGUUGUUUUUGUUGUUGUUUGUUCUUGUUGUUGUUGUUUUUGUGUUUUUGUUGUUACUCGCUGAGACCGCUGUUACGCUGCUGCUGUGCCAACAUCGACACCUCCACCGAACAUGAGUUGCAAUUGUCCAUUGACGUCGAUUGCUGGCCCAACGCUAGCAUCGACAUGUGGAGGACCAUCUUUCAUGUUGUUCAUGGGCCUGCUCGAAGUAUUUUUAAGAAGUCAAUGUGAUCUAGAAGAUCCUUGCAAUAGGCCAAUAGCUCAGAAAAGAGUCAAUCCAAGGUACGACUUCGUGGUGAUAGGCGGUGGGAGCGCAGGUGCGACGGUCGCCUCGAGACUAUCGGAGGAAAAUCGAUUUUCAGUGCUACUGCUGGAGGCCGGUCUGGACGAGCCUACCGGAACGCAGAUACCGUCCUUUUUCUUCAACUUUCUCGGCUCGGAAAUUGACUGGAAGUACAACACCGAAAGCGAGAACGAGGCGUGUUUGAACAAGGACAAUCGGCAAUGCUACUGGCCCAGGGGCAAGGUACUAGGCGGCACUUCGGUAAUGAACGGCAUGACGUACAUGCGAGGCUCGCGCAAGGAUUACGACGAUUGGGCGCGGCUCGGCAAUCCCGGCUGGUCCUACGACGACGUGCUGCCCCACUUCAUCAAAAGCGAGGACAAUCUUCAGGUCAACGACAUGGAUUACGGCUAUCACGGCGUGGGUGGGCCGCUCACGGUCACGCAGUUCCCGUAUCAUCCUCCGCUGAGCCACGCGCUCCUGCAGGCCGGCAAGGAAAUGGGAUACGAGACCGUCGAUCUCAACGGAAGGACUCACACGGGCUUUGCCAUCGCUCAGACAACGUCGCGCAACGGAUCUCGCCUGUCGACCGCCCGAGCUUUUCUGCGACCGGCGCGCAACAGACGCAAUCUCCACGUAAUGCUGAAUUCCACCGCCACGAGGAUCUUGUUCGACCGCAACAAGAAAGCCGUGGGUGUCGAGUUCGAGAACGACGGCGUGCUUCAGAGGGUGACGGUGCUCAAAGAGGUCGUGGUCAGUGGCGGUGCUGUGAAUUCGCCGCAAAUUUUGCUGAACAGCGGAAUUGGACCGCAAGAGGAGCUGAGCGCCGUCGGCGUUCCGGUGGUGCAGGACUUGCCUGGGGUGGGAAAAAAUCUCCACAAUCACGUCGCCUACGCGAUCGCCUUCACGAUCAAUGACACCGACACGACACCCCUCAACUGGGCCACUGCCAUGGAAUAUCUGCUGUUCAGGGACGGCCUCAUGUCGGGCACUGGAAUCUCGGAGGUCACGGCGAUGAUCAACACCAAGUACGCCGACCUCACCGAGGACCAUCCCGACAUCCAGCUGAUUUUCGGCGGCUACCUGGCCGAUUGCUCGGAGACGGGCAUGGUCGGCGAGAAGAAGGGCAAAAAUCGAGUCAUUCUGAUCAUACCGACGCUGCUGCAUCCCAAGAGCCGCGGCGUGCUGAGACUCAGGAACAACGAUCCGCUGUCGCCGCCGUUGAUCUACGCCAGGUAUCUCACGCAUCCGGACGAUGUGGGAGCGCUCAUCGAGGGCAUCAAGUUCAGCAUCGCGCUCACCAAGACCGAGGCUCUGAAAAAGUAUGGCUUCGAGCUCGAUCGGACGCCGGUGAAGAAUUGCGAGCACCUGAAAUUCGGCUGCGACGCUUACUGGGAGUGCGCCAUCAAGCACGACACCGCGCCGGAGAACCACCAGGCCGGAUCCUGCAAGAUGGGCCCGGCUGACGAUCCGUUGUCGGUGGUGGAUCAUCAGUUGCGCGUCCGAGGCGUGCAGAACGUCAGGGUGGCCGACACGAGCAUCAUGCCGCGCGUACCCUCGGGCAACACCAACGCACCGGCCAUCAUGAUCGGCGAGCGAGCGGCUGAUUUUAUCAAGAGGACGUGGCUCGUUUGA